CAACGGCCCACACGUCAGUCUCACUCCCACUCCGACCCCACCACGUCUCCUUUCUCCAGUCUCCACUCGCGCGCCGCCCCGCCGCUCUCAGCUCUCGCCCCCCACCGCCGCGCCGGCGCUCCCUUCCGUGAUUCCCCUCCGGCGAGCUCGCUCCAGCUCCAGUUUCCAAGUCUUCUAUGGCACUCGUUGUGAUGUGUGGGCAGCCAUGCAGCGGCAAAUCAGCAGCCGCUUCUUGCCUUUCUGCGGCACUGCGCUCCUCCUCGCCUGACCUUACUGUCCGUAUCAUUGAUGAGUCAUCCCUCCAUCUCGGGCGCAACGAUAGUUACAAAGAUAUGGUUGUGGAGAAAAACUUGAGAGGAGUUCUUAGAUCAGAAGUUGACAGGUCUGUGUCACGUGACAGCAUAAUUAUCGUCGACUCUUUGAACAAUAUUAAGGGGUACCGUUAUGAGUUGUGGUGUCUUGCGCGUGCAUCUGGUGUAAGAUAUUGUGUGCUUUUUUGUGAUACAGAAGUGGACCAUUGUAGGGAAUGGAACAGCAACCGCCAGGAGAAAGGAGAGCCAGCAUAUGAUAGUAAUAUAUUUGAAGAUCUUGUAAGGAGAUUUGAGAAGCCAGAUAGGCGUAAUCGUUGGGAUUCCCCUCUUUUUGAAUUGUUUCCAUCUAGAGAUGAAAUAGUAGAAACGGCUCCUGUUAUUGCUGAGGCUGUGUCGUAUUUGACAAAGAAAGUGGAUUCCAAAACAAGAGACGUAAAAGUUCUCCAGCCUACAAUAGCCACUCAGACGGUUCGAACAACAGAGGCUAAUUCCCUCUAUGAGAUGGACAAAGCUACACAGGAGGUGGUCAAUGCAAUUGUUGAAGCACAAUCUUGCGGUCUUGGGCUUGCUGUGAAUAAGAUCUCUAUUGGACCUAACUUGCCAACUAUCAACCUUCAGAGAUCUGUUGGCCUGCCUGAGCUCCGAAGCCUGCGUCGAACUUUCAUCAAGCUGGCAGGGCAGUACAGUCUGAGUGGGCCACCUCCACCGACAGAUGCUGAUAGCGCAAAGAGGAUGUUUGUCGACUACUUAAACCGUGAAGUUGGUGCAUGAUCGUUUUCCUGCUGUGGUCCAUGAACAUCAUGUAGGCUGUAAUUAACUUGGGGACACAUUUUGAAUCUUUGUCACUAAACAAGACUUGGUAUCUCAUGCUCGCGCUGUCAUGCAACUUGGAAAAAAUGGUUGAUCAGAUUGUGUGUUUU